CAGACAGACGGACUGACAUGACGGACAUAUUUUUGGGUUUAUUUUUGUCCGUUUUUACAUCGCAGAAAGACGUUCAACCACUUGAAGAGUUUACUGAGUGAAUUUAGCAGAGCAAAACCCCCAAACUAAUGUCGGGUUUAUUAAGUAAUGUGAGGGCUGAGAUGGCGAUGCCGGAGCUGCAGUAGUACCGACACACACCGGAAUCAGACUGAGGAGGAGAAUAUGCUAAAGAUUUCAACAUAUUAACCACUUUUGAAGUUAUUUUUAAGAAGAUAAAAUGGUUUGUUUAGUUUUGGCUGCUUUUCUUCAAAAUAAACCGGGAUAACUGAAGACGAAUCGCGUAUAAAUACUGAAGAAGCCUCUGUUGGGAUUGUAGGGUGACAUUUCACUCAACAACGCAUGCCUCUCGAGGGAACUGAGCGUCUUCGAGACUGUGAAUACAAACAGAUCAGCACUUGCAGUUCGACACCAAUGGAGUCUCCUCAUAAGGCUGCCAAGAGGAAGUGGCAGGUUUUUCCUGGGAGGAAUAAAUUUUACUGCGAUGGCAGGAUUAUGAUGGCAAGACAGACAGGAAUUUUCUACCUGACUCUCGUUCUCAUCGUAGUUACUAGUGGACUCUUCUUCGCAUUUGACUGUCCAUUUUUGGCACACACCCUGAGUUUAGCAAUCCCUGUGGUUGGUGGAGUUCUGGUUUUCUUUGUGCUGGGAACGUUACUCAGGACAAGCUUCACUGACCCUGGCGUUCUGCCCAGAGCCACUCCGGACGAGGCCGCACACUUGGAGAGCCAGAUAGACAUUGCCAAUGGUUCCAGUUCUACAGGAUAUAGACCUCCCCCGAGGACGAAAGAGGUCACCAUUAACGGGCAGACAGUGAAGCUUAAGUACUGUUUUACCUGCAAGAUCUUCAGACCUCCCCGAGCCUCACACUGCAGUCUGUGUGAUAACUGUGUGGAGCGAUUUGACCAUCACUGUCCCUGGGUUGGUAACUGUGUGGGGAAGAGGAACUAUCGCUUCUUUUACAUGUUCAUCGUCUCGCUGUCCUUUCUGACGAUUUUCAUCUUUGCCUUUGUCAUCACCCACAUCGUCAUGAAAUCUCAUAAAAGUGGCUUCCUCAACGCACUCAAAGACAGUCCUGCCAGUGUGUUGGAGGUGGUGGUUUGUUUCUUCUCUGUAUGGUCAAUAGUGGGGCUUUCUGGUUUCCACACCUACCUGAUUGGAUCCAAUCAGACCACCAAUGAAGAUAUUAAAGGAUCUUGGUCAUCAAAAAGACUGAAAGACAACUACAAUCCUUACAGCUAUGGAAACAUAUUCACAAACUGCUGUGCAGCCCUGUGUGGACCUCUCCCUCCCAGUCUUAUUGACAGAAGAGGUUUUGUAAAGCCAGACGUUACGCAGUCUGCGCCACCCACUAAUGGCAUUACAAUGUACGGUGCCACUCAGUUCCAGACACGCAUGUGUGAUCAACAACAGUGCAUUCAGAGCACAAAAUUCAUUUUGCAGGCUGCUGCCACCCCGUUGCUGCAAAGUGACUCCCAAAUCAUGCCUGACGACUCAUCGGUUCCAGUGAGGCCGGCUCUUGGUGCUCCAUGUCCUCCGCUCGCUUUGGGUCAGCCCACGCCUCCUGCCUCCACUCCAAGUCUAAGCUGUGAACCUGAAACUCUAAGUCCUGCUUCUUCAGAGGCCCAGCAUCACUUUUUGACACCUGAUGAGACCCAGUCUCCUCCUGGCAUGCUGCCCUGUUCAAGCCACAACCACACAGUGCCCUUCUACAACCCUGCCAGCCAGGACUCUCUACAUGAGGACUCGGUCAGAGGCCUGGUUAAACUCAGCACGGUUUGAAUGGGCAUGAGUUUGGAUUAUUGUCUGUCCCGGGUACUGCCCUUUACUCUGUGCCAUUAACCUGGCAGCUUUCAUUUCUCGUUCUCAGUGAUGUCUUGCAAAAUCAAACCCAGUCUACAGACUGGCAUAUGUUCAACUCGCAACGUGAGCUGCCAAACUGUAAAGGAAAUCUCUUUCUCUGGUCACUGUCUCAGAACGUGUUACAUAGGAGCUGCAAAACAAAGUACUGUAUAUCUGACUGACCGGAUCAUACCACUAAAACAGUGGACGGGGUGCAAUUCUGCUUGAAAAGCUGCUUUGUGACAAUUGCCGGACCUGUUUUUCGCCCCAUUUUUGCCUUUUUGGACGUUUGAAGCCAAGCCUUGCAUUUGAACAGACUGUUUUUGCUUUUUACAAUUGAGAUUAAUCCUGACAAACAAUUCUGUGAGUCCUUGUCAUGUUGUAUAUCUAGAUUGUUUUGUUACCUCUUUUGAAAAGAUGUUAUUGUGUUGUGCCAUAAUAUUGUUUCAACAGAUUGCAAUAUUUUCUGUGGAUAUGAAUAUUCCCAGUGUUCUUAUGGAACUAGAAAAGUUAUUUCAACAUCUCAGAAGAUGUGUUCCUACUCUGCAAAGUUCAUCCUUUGCAUUACUGCAGUGUUAUGUGAUUGCCUGUGGUGAAAACCCACCAAGACCUAUAAUACUGUGUCAUAAAAAAAAUACACUGCCCAAUAAAAUCUGAUUCAUAUGAGCCUCGGUUGCCAGCGCUUCAUCCCUGAAGUAUUUUCUUGGAGUGUUGUCUUUUUUUUAAAUAGGGUCCUACAUGGUACAUAAGAAGAAUGUGAGUUUAAAAUCUCCAAGGGUGCUUCAGUCAUUUGUGGCCACUGAAAAAGUCUGCAAAAGAUUAGUAGGUUUUGUGCUCUGGAUAAAAGAAUUGCAUUUUCUCUUGUUAAAAAAAUGACACUUCGCAAAGUCUUUUUUUAGGGCAGUUGUAGCCUAGCAGGUAAGGUACUGGACUAGUAAUCAAAAGGUCACUGGUUCAAGCCCCACCAAUGCCAGGGUAUCACUGUUGGGCCCUUGAGCAAGGACAUUAACCCUCAGUUACUGCUAUGACAAUAUACUGUCACAGUACUGUAAGUCACUUUGAAUAAAAGUGUCUGCUAAAUUCCAAA